AAAGGCGUGGACGGUGCGUGUUCUCAGCAGAAUUCUCAGCAUAUGUACUGUGGACAACAGGUGCACUCCUUUGGAUGAUGCUACGCGCGUCAACUCUGAAGCAGCACUUUUUGCACAUUCUUCUGUUACAUUUUACAUCCUGAAAAUGCCUUUCCCGCCGAUCAGCCUCCAUCAGAAAAUCUCCUCUCCUGGAAGGGAGUUUUUCGGGAAAAAGAAAGCCAGUGGCGUGCCUCCUGCCAGUGGGGAGAAGCGGGAAUCCGGGAAGGAAAAACAGACCUCAUCUUGGACCUCAGCGAAUUUAAUGAAUUUGGGGCGCAGGGCACAGCAGGAGAAGACUAAGUCCCCUUCACACAGUGGUGGCCAGGAGGUUCAGGGAAAAUGCUCCUGGCAGACCACCACCAAACCUCAGGACUCAACAACGGGAGUGAGGCGCUCCUCGUCCGUGGACUCCGGUAGACUUUUUGCAGGCACUGACGACGGAAAGAAGGAGAUUCAGUUCACGCUCAGCCUCACCCCGGAAGCAAUACUGGUCAUCCAGAAGAGAAACCUGGAGAAACAGAUGCUGUCGAAGCAGCAGAAAUGCUGCGCGUCCGCGGACUUCCGGCACAGGCGCGUCUUCCCUUCCAAAAAAGCGCACGGUAGUUUCAAGGGCGCGCAGGUGUCCAAAGUGGAAGAGGCGGAGCAUCAGGACAUCACAGCCAUCGUUAAAAUCUCUCUUUUGAACGACCAGUAUAAGUAUGACGAUGUGGAGUACGAGGAGGAGGACGGAGACGUGGACGAGACUGUGGUGAGGAAGUGUAAAGAGUGGCUCAAGGGCGUCGAAAGUGCCGCAGCGUUGGGGAAAGUCGACAAACUUAGUGCACUACCGCACCUUAAAGGCUGCUGACAGCUGGACUCCAGCCAUCAGUGACUCAUCUUCAUAAAUGUGCACUGACCUGCUGCAAUGCAAUGCUCAAGUCAUUGAUUUUCUGGGAUAAAACCAGAGGAAUGUUUGUAGCCUACUUGUUGUGGAAUACUUCCCGGGAUGAUUUGAAAGAGUUGAAUCUCAGUGCCUUUUGAAUCAUUUGUUGGAAGUUUGAAUUCAAUGACUUUUGCACAUUACAUGUUUUUGUUUUCAGUGAGGCGACUUGACACAAAAUAAUCCCAACAAUUAGGUUUUAUGCUCCUGAAACCGAUUUUUUUUCCCCGCUCCCUUUCAUGUACAGUAUUUAAUACUAAAUAUUUGUACCGGCAACUGUCAUUUUGAUGCCAUUUGAAGUAAAACGUUUUCUACUGUCCACACACAGCUUCUUAAUAUGAACUUGAUUGUGCCCCUUGAUGUUACAUGAUGCUGUGAUUUCAACCAUUUUGAUAUGCACGAUACGGACAUUGGGCCUUUGGUGAAAUUUCAGGAUCAACUUAUUGUGCACUGUAACAUUUACAGGUGAACUUUGACCGUCGCUAAACGUUUGAAUGCAAAUGUCCAACUGUUCAGUCUUUCAGAAUUUGUUGCAUUGCUUGCUGUUCACUAACAAGGUGCUGAACAAAAUUAAAGACUGGGGCUUGUCAAAAAUAACGCAUUAACGGCAGUAACUUUUAUCAUUAAUCACGUUAUUUUUUUGAGUGUAAUUAACACAUGCGCACCAGAGCAAGCGCAUCUCUUACGAUGGCAGACAGAAGCACAGUGGAGUGUUCCCACACACUCUAUAUAUAGAGUCUGACCUGAACACAUCAACAGCAGUACAGUACAAUUCCAACACCAUAUACUGUAUUUCCAAGUCACACAUGUCUUACACACGUCUCUAGUCCAUUUAUCCUGGGAAGGACACUGCCAGGACACUCUUGACGGGACACUCCAAACAUCACAAAACAGCUUUAUAAUGCGUGUGGGGGGGGGGGAGAUAAAUAUGAAGAUAAAGAAAUACAUGGAGUGGAUAUUAUCACUUUGUAUUCAUUUGGAUGUACAAUUUGCUACAUAUAAGUAUGCUGGAAAAUACCCAGAAAACAAGUACAUUUACCUUAAAGUACAUGUCUUUGAACACCACCCCUCAUUGCUCAUAACUGUAUAAAGUGUGAUUCAAAUGUUCUGGUACUAUUAAUGAGACUAGUGUUAGACAAAUAGAUUUUUAGUCUUGUCUGGUAUCUUUUAGCUUGAUUGACAUAUUCAGUUCAUUUGGAGCUGUUAAUACAUACAUAUAUAUAUAUAUAAUCCUGUCCUGUUAUUUAUCUUUUUGUUAAUUAAAUACAGUAAAAUUGGCAUAUUUCAGACAUAGUUGCUAAUGGUGAUUAAUUAUGAUUACUUUAAAAACAGAUUAAUCUGAUUAAAAAUUUUAAUCAUUUGAAAGCCCUAUUCAAAAAGAAUAAAAAUGGUAUUUAAACAGUCCUCACACAGGACGUUCUCAGUGGGAAGUGGCCACUGAGCUAAGAGUUUUAUCAGCAGGUUGCAACAGAGACUGGAAGAGUCAUGGAAAGGCAUACUGUAUGUUCAGUUCUUUGUUAGAGAACAGCAAGCAGUUCAAAAAGUACUAAAACAUUCAACACUUGAACAUGUGCAUUCAGAAGUUCACAGAAGGUCAAAUUAAGUUCACCUGACAUUAUAUUGCACGUUAGGUUCAUCCUGAAAUUUCACCUGAAAGCCCAAUAUCCCUAACUUCUUGUGAGUAGUGUUUGUUACACUUUGGUGGCAUAUCAGAGACGCUUUGUUACCAAUGUUGCUGCUACCUUAGGCCAUGUGGGCAUUAGUGUACAAACUAAGCCUCUUAGAUUUCCUGUUAAGCAGGGUUGACCAGUGUACUGUUGGGGCAAGGUGCCUGAUCGCCAUCAGAAAAUUGCCUCCACUCUACUUUACUUUUUGUAUUAUCCAAGUAAACCCUGCACAUCUCUCCCAGAGAGCAUCUGCGACAUUUGUAUUAUCUUUAUUGUGUGUACAAUUAUCAGUAGAUAUGCAAACGCA